UUUCCCUUUCUCUGCCGGUCGGCAUCACUCUCUGCUGUGGGUGGAUCUCUGGCAACUUGGUUCCUCGAAGCAAAGGGAGAGCGGCGAGGCUGGAGCCAGAGGAGGCUCUUUUUGGCAAGUCCCAGCAAAGCAGGGUCUGAGCAGUUGUAGAGAGCAGCAGAGGGAAGGGCUGCUUGCUUUCCCCCUCCUCCCUUCCAUCCCUCUCGCCUCUGAUUGCCUUGCCCGGGAGGCAGAGCGUGGCAGCGGAGGUCUCCCUUGAACUGAGACGCUUUUGCCUGUCUCUUCCGUGGCAUUUCUCACGCGAGGAACAUGACUGCUUCCCGGGAGGAUCCCCUUGCCUUUCCCCCGAGGGAUUUCUCCUUAUUCCCUUGCUAAAAGCGAGAGUGGAAGAGUGGAAAAGUGGAACUUGGGAGGUGGAUUGAGUCUCCCCAUCGCAAGAGGCAGAAUGGCAAGGUGGGACCUCUUCCUCCUGGCACUCUUGGGCGUCCUUCUCCCAUCAUGGCCUGGCUGCCAGCCCAGCGACACCAGCCAACCCCGGUUGCGCCUAUCCCACAAAGAGCUCUGGGAUUUGAACAGAACAUCAGUCUUUCAUAGCCCGUCUGGAUACCUUGGUCUUCAUGUAAUGCUUCUGGAUGAGUAUCAAGAUCGACUCUUUGUGGGAGGAAAGAACCUGGUGUAUUCUCUCAGCUUAGACCGAGUCAAUGAGAAUUACAGAGAGAUUCAUUGGCCAAGUACAUCCCUACAAGUAGAGGAAUGCACUAUCAAGGGAAGAUAUGCUGAGGAGUGUGCCAAUUACAUCCGUGCUCUGCAUCGAUACAACCGAACACACCUGCUGGCUUGUGGGACAGGAGCUUUCGAUCCCAUCUGUGCUUUUAUAAGGGUUGGCCAUCAAUCAGAGGAUCAUCUGUUUCAUCUAGAAUCUCACAGACUUGAGAGGGGACGUGGCCGGUGCCCAUUUGACCCCAGUUCCUCCUUCAUCUCCACUUUAUUUGGUGGGGAGUUGUUUACCGGACUAUAUAGUGACUACUGGGGAAGAGAUGCAGCAAUCUUCCGUACAAUGGGCCGCAUGGCACACAUCCGGACCGAACCAGAUGAUGACCGUCUGCUGAAAGAACCUAAAUUUGUGAGCUCCUUUCUGAUUCCUGACAAUGAAGACCAGGAAGAUAACAAGGUGUACUUCUUCUUCACUGAGAAAGCAUUAGAGGCUGAAACUGGAGCACAUGCGAUCUACUCCAGAGUGGGAAGAAUGUGUGCAAAUGAUAUGGGUGGACAACGAAUGCUGGUCAAUAAAUGGACCACUUUUCUCAAAACAAGAUUGAUUUGUUCUGUGCCAGGAAUGAAUGGUAUUGACACAUAUUUUGAUGAGUUGGAGGACAUAUUUUUACUCCAGACACGGGAUAACAAAAACCCAGUGAUAUUUGGACUCUUCAACACUACUAGCAACAUAUUUCGAGGAUAUGCUAUAUGUGUCUAUCACAUGGCUAGUAUUCGGGCAGCUUUCAAUGGACCAUAUGCUCAUAAAGAAGGACCUGAAUAUCAUUGGUCUGUGUAUGAAGGGAAAGUACCAUACCCAAGACCGGGAUCGUGUGCUAGCAAAGUGAAUGGAGGGCUGUAUGGGAGCACCAAAGACUAUCCAGAUGAAGCUAUUCGGUUUGCGAGAAGCCAUCCCUUGAUGUAUCAGCCUGUUAGGCCUGUUCAUAAGAAACCAGUGCUUGUGAAGACAGAUGGGAAAUACAAACUCCAACAAAUAGCAGUAGACAGAGUAGAAGCAGAAGAUGGGCAAUACGAUGUCUUAUUUAUUGGGACAGAUAAUGGGAUUGUACUGAAAGUCAUUACAAUUUAUAACCAAGAGACAGAAUCGAUGGAAGAAGUGAUUCUUGAAGAGCUGCAAGUGUUCAAAGUGCCGGUUCCUGUUAUAUCCAUGGAAAUUUCUUCCAAAAGGCAACAAAUUUAUGUUGGCUCUGAAUCUGCUGUUGCCCAGUUAAAGUUCCACCAGUGUGAUAUGUAUGGGACAGCCUGUGCUGACUGUUGCCUAGCAAGAGAUCCUUACUGUGCUUGGGAUGGCAUAUCCUGUUCCAGAUACUACCCAACAGGAACACAGGCAAAGAGACGUUUUCGAAGACAAGAUGUCCGUCAUGGAAAUGCAGCUCAGCAGUGCUUUGGCCAACAGUUUCUUGGGGAUGUCCUGGAUAAGACUGAAGAGCGACUGGUGUAUGGAAUCGAAUACAAUAGCACUCUGCUUGAAUGCAUCCCCAGAACCUUGCAAGCCAAAGUGAUCUGGUUUGUCCAGAGAGCUCAUGAAACUCGAAAAGAAGAGGUGAAGACUGAUGACCGCGUACUCAAAGUGGACCUUGGCCUGUUAUUUUUACGGCUGCACAGGAUGGAUGCUGGAACAUAUUUUUGCCAGACAGUGGAACAUAGUAUCAUCCAUACAGUGAGAAAAAUCACCCUUGAGGUUGUGGAAGAGGAACGUGUAGAUGACAUGUUCAACAAAGACUAUGAGGAGGAUCAUGUCUCUCAUAAGAUGCCGUGUCCUGCACAAAGUAGCAUUCCCCAUGGCUCAAGGCCAUGGUACAAAGAAUUCCUGCAACUCAUAGGUUAUAGCAAUUUCCAGAGAGUAGAGGAAUACUGUGAAAAAGUGUGGUGCACAGACAAGAAAAGGAAAAAAUUGAAGAUGUCUCCAUCCAAGUGGAAGUAUGCCAAUCCUCAAGAGAAGAAAGCACGCAUCAAGCCCGAGCAUUACCGUGUUCCCAGGCAAACCUCUGACUCUUGAUAGGGGGAGAAAUCCUCAAUCAUUCAAGAGAGCAUUUGUUUUUGUUUGGACCUAAGGAAAGGGAAUUUGGUCAUUAAUACAAGUUUAUAUAUGUAUAUAUAUAUGAAACGUUGAGACUGGAAAUGAACAGAAGUGUUUUAGUAAGUUAUAGACUUGACAUUUGUUUUUUUAAAAGUUGCUUAAGGCUCAAAUCUAAUUAUAUAAGUUUUCCAUUUAAGAACAACCUGGCAAUCAUCCUAUCCAAUCUUUAGACCAAGUAGUCAAGCAUAGACUAUGCUUGUGCUGUAUAUUCUAGAGUGCUGUGGGAAUAUUUAAUUGAACUCAGAUGCUAAUAAUUUGAUAAGCAAAGCAACAAUGUAUUGUAUAGUUUCAUUGUUAUAUUUCUCAAAGGUCUUGCAGAUUUUUAAUGUGUUGAUGUGAUCUUCCCUGGUCUCCUUCAAAUCCCUAUCUUCAUUUCUAAACAGCAUGUUUCUAAUUUUAUCAAUGCAGAAAUUACUUUGAAUAUAUGGUGAUAGCAACAGCUAAGAGCAGAAACGAUGAACUUCUAAAUAUGUUCUUAUUAUAAAUAAGUUCUACUUGUCCAAAACAAAUAGAAAAUAUCAUUCAAUGUAGUAAAAGUGAACCAUGACUAUCUUUCAUUGAAAUCAGUGGAAUUAGAUUUAAUAGUGAUUACAGGCAGUCCACAGGCUACAAACAAGAUAGGUUCUGUAGGCUUGUUCUUAAGUUGAAUUUGUAUGUAAGUCAGAACAG